GAUCGGGUGUUCUUUUGUCCGUGUGGCACAUGGCUGAAUCACAAAAGAAACCCAUACUCACUCGGGUACUACACUAGAAACGUAACACGAAACUCUGAUUUAUUUCAUUCAAUUCAGGCAUUACCAUAAGCAGGCACAACGGUCAUGACGCCAGGCGUAAGCAGUGGUAGCUAGUUUCACCAUCCUCCGAUACCGGUACCGACUGACAAGUGGUGUAGAUCGACUGACAAACCGGAAGUACCAUCUCUGGUAUCCCCGCUGAAAUCAUCAUUCGGGUAUUAGUCUAUUUCCUUCUCAAUUCCUGUCUCAUUGAAAUUGGAGUCAUGCAUGCAGUGCACGUAAGUUUCUCCCUCAUACCAGGAUACGACGAUCUCUAAAUGAAUGGAUAUUAGGAAAAAUUCAACGCAAACUCUUAAAUGAUACUGAAGUACAGGUGCUUCAUACGCUACUAUUGGAAUUAAUCGUCAACUUCAUAAUGGCGUUGUUUGGAGAUGCUGUUCAAGGAUGCUUCAGGGUGUAUAUGCCCAUCAUGCUCUUAUGGAUUAUUUCUCCUGCAAGAGGUAUUCAAACUGGGAUACAUCUCUAUACGACUGGUCACCACCACACUGUGCUGUGAUGAGGUCUGGGAGCACCCAGUCUGAUUCUAUACAUGGACUUUGGAAUCGAAGAACAUGUACAUCACCAAGACGACAUAUCUGCCAAAUACCACUAGACGAUGGCUGUAGAUGGCAUGAGUUUGGUGAAUCUCAGUAUCUCAUAAAGUUGGCACCCUAUCAAGGUCUAGGUGACGCCAGGUCUACAUGUCAACAAUAUGGUGGUGAUUUAGCUAUCAUUAAAACUGAAGAAGUCAAUGCAUUUCUCAAAGACCUUAUUGUUCCCUCGUUAACGUCAACUAGUCAAUAUUUCUGCUACUGGAUUGGGCUUGAGAGAGAUGGAUUGGGGGAUUUUACCUGGUUAGAUGGUACUUCUCCUGGAUAUACUGAUUGGUUUACUGAGACGGAACCGAAUGAAGAAAACUCCUGGGGAUGUCUUGGUUUACGUGAAGGGCCUUCAUGGUACGACCAGUUGCAAGGAUCCCCCUUUCCCUACAUUUGUGGGCGCAGACACGCUCUUGAUGGCACCUACGAAGCAUCAUUUGGAGGUGUAAAUUACUUUGUCUCUCCUUCGUGGCUAUCUCGGGAUUUUUCAAAUGCACGGACAUAUUGUCAGUAUCAUGGAGCCGAUUUAGCACUCAUCAAAUCACAUGACGUGAACGUCUUCCUUCACGAAAGUAUUUCGGGAUUGAAUACUUUAGUGUAUUUUGGAUUAACUGAUCAGGAUGUCGAAGGCACUUACAAAUGGAUCGACGGCACACCUAUACAGUAUUCUUCAUGGAUAUAUCCCGAACCAAACGGCAACAUGUUUGAAAACUGUGCCUCCCUGGAUCCUUUGUCAAGUAAUUUGGGAUGGAUCGAUGUCUCAUGCUCUGUUACAAGACCAUUCAUAUGUGAACGCCACCAGUACGUUCCUGAAAAGAAUUGGAUUCAUUUUGGUGGAACUCUCUACUAUGUAUCACAUUCCCCUGUGACGUCCUACUCGUUGGCGAGAAGCUUCUGUCGGGAUCAGGGAGGUGAUCUUGCCCAACCUAAAACACAAGAAAUAAAUAUGCAUCUCACCGUGCUGGCAGGUGGCAACUCGUACUGGUUUGGACUCGAUCGCAUGCAAGAUGGCAUGUUCCGUUGGAUUGAUGGCACUCAGAUCAACGAAAAUCAAUUUCCUUCUUGGUCGAAUUAUGAUACUACUCUGUUUGAGAACGAAAACUGUAUUCAUCAGCAGUUUAAUGAUGGAUGGGCAAAACUACCAUGUACAUCCUAUUUGAGGGUUGCAUGUGAAAAACCUCCAAUACCGCGGCCAGUUCCUCCAAUUCCCCUAAUAGCAGCUACUUCGACACCCUACGGAGGAGGUCUUGAUGGCACUUCAUUCCUAUGUCUACUCGGCUCAGAGGAUGAAGAUAUCCUAACACUGUCCACAAGAAGACUCUUCCGCCUGACCCAAUCUAUAGCUGCUGAUAGUUACAAUGCUCCCGGACAAACCACUGUUGUGUCGCCUGCAGAAUCUCCCGAAGCCAAAAAGCAUACCCUCCCAUCGUCUAUGGAAGGAUUGGGAUUUUUCGAGUGUUCCUCGGUUACAGCUAGCAGGAUGACAUCGGUUCCUGUUGGAAUUCUUCUUUCAACUCGAAAUUUGCAACCAUUGGAUGGUCGAUUUACAAAGACGGUAAACAUGGGAGAUAAUAUCACACUCAGUGUAAUGCGACCAACAGGAGAGGAAGAAGGAACCGGGGCUAGGUGGCGCUUAUUCACUGAUGAAGAAGACUGGGAUAAUUCACUCAUCGAUUCGAGUUCGGGUAGUCUAUCACACACGAUUCAAUCUGCAUCUCUCUCGGACGCUGGGGUGUAUUUGACACAUAUGUCUUCUGUGUUGAACCAACAUCAGUUCAGCCUCAUCAGACUUAUCGUGAAAGAAUGCCCGGAUGGAAGAUGGAACCCACCAUUAUGCGAUCAGUUGUGCGAUUAUUGUUACAAUGGAGGUGUUUGUCACGAAUCAUCAGGAAUAUGUAUCUGUCCUCCUGGUUUUGCUGGAGUGAAUUGCCUACGAGCGUGUGGGAUGCAUAAAUUUGGAUGGGAUUGUGAGUAUGAAUGUGGAAUCGAUCAGUUCUUGGACCGGUGUGCCGGUUCUCAGAUAUGUCUUCCAGAUCCGUAUGGAUGCAAUUGUUUAGCCGGAUACACAGGAAUCUACUGUAAUGAGACAUGCGAGGAUGGUUGGUUUGGCGUUGAUUGCCUUCGGGAAUGCCAUUGCGCUGGUGAAGCAGACUGUGAUGACUUCACUGGUGAAUGUCCUGCUGAUUGCGCCCCAAAAUGGUCAGGACCAGAGUGUCAAGUUCCUUCAGUUUGUCCAACUGGAUACUUCGGGACCAACUGCACUCAGAAAUGCAACUGCAGGAAUGGUACACCAUGUGAUAAGGAUUCUGGAUACUGUGACGAAGCUGGAGGGCUUUGCGAGAAAGGAUACGUCGCCGACUCUGUAGAAUUUCCAUCCAACUGUAUAACAUUUUCAGGAUGUCACAGCUCUUGUUCGGAAACGUGCCAUUGUUCUGGAGGGAUUCAUGAUUGUAACUUUCUGACCGGGAACUGCAUUUCGUCCAUCUGUCAUCCUAGAUGGACGGGAGAUCAAUGCCGAACGGAUCGGUUUGAAGCAAGCUCGGAGAAGACCAAUCCAGGGGUGGCUGCUUUCUCCUGCUCCUACAUUGUGCCACCAAGUCAAAGUGUUUCCUCUGAUUACAUAAAGGCAGCUGUAGGAUCGCUUUCUGAAGAACAUUGGAUAAGCCACAGAGACAGUUCUGCAUCAGGAACAUCUCUUAACAAUUCUUUUUACCAUGAGUACUCUGGCCAGGAGGAACCGAUUUACUGCUUCGUCGGCAUUCCUGGAGAUGCAUCAACGUUUGCAUUUGCCAGACUGCCUCCUCGAGAGUUUUUUGAAUUGCCACGCUUUACCGGCACACCUGAACUAGUUAGUCGUGGAUACUACCACGCUGUGAUUGGCUGGAGACCAUGGGACCCUAACAGUGACACAGGUGACGGACCCGUUGUCCGCUACAAGAUCUACGUACGAUCAGGAACCGAUCUCCUGUCUACAGGCGAGGUUCAAUCUCCAAAUUCGCACGAUGGUUCGGUAUCGAAGAGAUCUGCUGGGAAUGCCAAUGAGAUGAUCGUGUAUAAUGCCACUGGACUUGAAGCGGGAUCAACCUACUCUGUCCAGAUUGCAGCGAUCAGAGAUGGUGCCAAUGGUGAAGGGGAAGCGGGUCCAGCAUUAACAUUGACAACAGAAAGACUACCUGUGCCUCCGACUACACCAAGUCCUUCACCAGAUUCAACCACCUCGAUGAUUACAUUGCCGGGCGGUCAAACGGGUAGUUCUUUAGGACCGGCAGUUGGAGGAGCCGUAGGUGGCAUUGUCGUCAUAUUGGUCAUCAUCGUAUUAGUCAUCUUUGUAUUGAGACGACGGAGAAAUGAUGAUAAACCAUCUAAAAAUGGUUACAUUGAGGACAAAGAGGCAUCGCUUGACUUUCAAGACACGUCAUUAGAUGGAGAAAAUGACUACAGCCGAGCCUCCGUUUUAAACUCAGACCAGGGACUUCCCCGGAACACCACCAGACCGAAACCAGCUAUCGCCGCCAAGCCCUCCCAUCGGAAAACCUUAGAACUUGAUGCUACCGAUGGUGGCCCAGUGUCAUCCAGCAGCAAACCACCUUCCACACACAAGCCGAUUCCUGUCCCUCAGUUUCCGGCAUAUGUCAACAGGAACAGACACUCUACACUCUUCUCAGAAGAAUUUCAUGACCUUCCUGCUGCAGAUAUCUAUCCACAGACAGUGGCUCAAGAGAAGAUUAAUUUCAAGAAGAACAGAUACAAGAAUAUCUUACCAUAUGAUUCAGCAAGGGUAAAGUUGGCUGUCAUCAACAAUGAUCCUCAUUCAGACUACUUCAACGCAUCUUACAUUCCUAGUUUUGAAAAUGACAGGGCUUACAUUGCAUCACAAGGGCCCAACAAUUUAUCUAUAGAUGAUUUCUGGAGGAUGGUCUGGCAGGAGAAUGUGACGACCAUUGCCAUGGUCACGAGGCUUCAAGAGGGGGAUAAGAUAAAAUGCCGCCAGUACUGGCCCAGUAAACAAGGAGAUUCAGUGACGUUUGGAAAUAUAAAAGUUGAGUUGAAGUUGCUGGGACCAUGCACUGGUGGGGUGAAAAGAAGAAUGACAAUGAAGAAGGGUGACGAGUCGCGGACCGUCACUCAAUUUCACUUCAGGGUAUGGCCAGACAAGGGUGUUCCUAAACAUACCUCAUACCUCCUGAAGUUUAUCAAAGAAGUCAAAGAUGAUCAGGGACAGAACCCAAAUCCACUCCUCAUCCAUUGCAGUGCUGGCGUUGGACGAACGGGUGUGGUGAUCAGUAUUGAUAGCGUCGUAGCUCAUGCGAAGAGGACUGGUAUGGUAGAUAUCUUUAACUUCGUCACAAAGAUCAGACAGAAUCGACCAUACAUGGUCCAGACACAGGAACAGUAUGCUUUCAUCUAUGGGGCUGUACUGGAAGACCUUCUCUGGAGGAAUACUCUGAUCCCUAUCAUUCAUUUUACUGAUCAUCUUCGAGAUUUACACGCUUCUCUCGAUGAACAUGGACGAUCCAAUAUGACUCGGGAGUUUGAGACUCUAAAGAGUAUCUGUGCAGAUCCUCCAGCUUCCCAAACAAGAGCAGGACGCAUUGCGGAUAAUCAAAAUAGGAACAGAUAUGGCAACAACCUCCCAUUGCAGAGAAACCGAGUGAUGCUGGACUCUCCUGAUCACGAUUAUAUCAAUGCCAGUUUUGUCAAGGGAGUCCAGUGUACCUUUUUGACAACUCAGAUGCCAUUACCAAACACUGUAUCUGAUUUCUGUUCGAUGGUUAUAAGCAAUCAACCAUCAACUAUCAUCAUGCUCAACGACAAGAGUCAAGAUGACAAGCAGAGUUGUGCACAGUACUGGCCAGACCACGGAACUGCUCAGUUUGGAUCUUACACUGUUUCAACCUUAUCCACAUCCUCCGAUGAUGACAUGACCGUUCGACAGCUGCAAGUGACCAGCAACUCACAUGCCAGUCACACAGUAACUCAAUACCAGUUCCACGGAUGGCCUAAACGUGGUUCAGACCGACAGUCUGGGGCACGGUCGUUGCUGAACCUAAUCCGUGCUGUCAAAAGUUCCACCAAAAAUGAGAGGAAAUUUUCCAUUAUUGUCCAUUGUUUGAGUGGUGUUGGACGUACAGGUGUAUUUUGCAGUGCUAUGGAGUGCAUCGCCCAAAUAGCAGAUAGUGACUCAGUCGAUAUAUUCCAGACAGUCAAGAUCUUGAGAGCUGAUAGGAUGCAGUUCGUCCAAACAGAGGAGGAAUAUGCUUUCAUCUAUGAUGUCAUCCGUGCAUACCUACACACUGAAAACUAUGAACAGCUGCCAUACCCAGUAGACGAUCACACCUACGGCAAUGUGGAGAUAGAACGCCACACUCCUGACCCGGAGGAGAACCCAUAUGAGGUCACAGAUCCCAAUGAAGCAGGACCUGGUGAAGCCGCCGCACUCGUAUACGGCAACGUAGAUGCCCCAGAUGCUAAUAGGCCGAAGGACCAGGGCAGACCGAAGCCCAAGCCUCAAGAACCGUAUUUAGUAUACGAGAACUUUGCAUUUGAAUCUUAAUUGUUGCUUUACUGGUGCUGAGUUAAAUGGCAGUUGGACCUAAGCUUUGAAGAUGAUGCUCGGACAUAUUCAACUUUAGAUGAAGUCAUCAUUAUCAUUGCAAAAAUGUAAUUAAACUAUCAGGAUUGCCACUGUGCUAUUGGUGUUAAGUAUUUAUAUUUCAAAGUAAUGUUCACUAAAUACUUACAUGUACCUCAUUUGCAAGUGACGAUUUUAUUUCAUGGAGUGUAUGUUCGUGACUGGGUAGUAAGAUGCUUCUUGAAACUAAUCCAAUUAUAUUUUCUUCUUGACAAGUUCACGUAUACUCUUUGUGGACUUCCGAUUAAUACAUUCCAUACAAAUACAUCACGUCGAAUAAUUGUGGCGAUAUAACACAACCCUGUCUUACUCCCAUCUCUCGUCAUUGCAUUCACUCCUACAGCAUACUAUUGUUUUCCAAUCGAUUCAGAUAAGGACGAUGAAGCCGUCUUAGAACUGAUUUCUACGUCCGCUUCCCCUGUGAAAAAAGUUGUCCAAACGACGAUUGGAGUUUUUUCUACCACCUUGCCCUAAAAAAAAAUCACCCGUAAAAUUUAUAUGAGCAUAAAAUAUGUAAUGUAAUAUGUCUGAUUUCUUACAAUCCAAAGCUUCAUUGUAUGGGAGAGCAAGAAAGGUGGAUCUGCCAUAAUCACUGACAAAUUUUCUCUUCCCGUUCGACCUGGAAAGUGGAUUUUUGGCACGUGACCGAUUACCCAUCUAACAAAGAUCUCAUAUGUUUUCAUUUUCAAACAUUUUGAUCUCUUCAGUUUUAUCACGUAAUGACUACCAUAGCAAACCCUUUGAUAUGUUUUUCUUGCUUCAUUGCUCUUUUUAAUUUGUUACUUUCAUGACAGUCUAGUCUAUCAGGUUUCGCAAGAUUUCGCCAGGACUAUUUAAAGCGUAUUUUGAUUUUUUUUUUUCUUUCACAUGCUUUUGUAAAGCAAUAGAUAAUUAUAAAAUUAGAAGCUGAACUAGUUGUUUUGAGGAAUAUUAUUCACACACAAAGGUGGUACCACAAAAAAUAACUGUAUGAAAUAUCAAAAAAGACCUUGGGCACUUACUAUACGGCAACGAUAAAGCUUGGCCAUGUUUCCUUCAUGUUUUUAUAUUCCUGAGGGAGCGUUUCAUCAACAUUCUAGUUGUCGUGAAUGACAACUUUCCUUGAUUUUCAUUGGCUAAGAACACUGUUACAAUCGAAACUGUCAGAUCGUCCUUUCAUGAAACGCUCCCUUGCUAUGUGUUAUGAAUCGUAGAUUCCCUUUGGCAUGUUUGACUUGAUAUUCUUUGUUUCAUAAUCUGUAUGAAGCCUCGGUUGUGUUCUUUUAAAGUGUUUAUCGUGUCUUAGUAGGUAUAUAUUUAAAAGUGUCACAUUAUUUCGUCUAUAGUCUACAGAAAUAAUUUAGUCAUGUAAGUCGUUGACUGAAAAAAUUAUAUGCAACAGUACUAAGAUUUUAUUAUGAGAGGAAAAUGUGCAUUAUUACUAUUAGUUUUAACUUGCUCUAUAAUAAUUGCGGAAAAUGAAGGUCGUAUAGUUUGUUUCUUUCUAGAUCUGUGGACCGGUUCACAUUUUUUCACUUAAAUACGUCAAUUUUUAUAUUUAUGAUUGCUGUUCGAUAUUGUAAAACUGAUGUACUUCUAGUAAUGUAGUGCUUUCAGACCACUGCUUUGUUUCAAUGAAAGGAAAUUGUUAAUUACAGUACAAAAUCGAAAACUAAAAUAAUUUUCCAAUUCAUGAACCAAGUUUAUUUUGUCCAACCAUUUUGUGGUUUUGUUUGAUUUUCAUUUGAAGAAACUUACAGGGUAUUGUUAUAUUUAUUUUGGUUAUUUUCAUUUAUAAUUUAUUGUUUAAAAAAACAUUUUCUAAAUGGAGGUGUGACGUCCUCUCUUCAUAUGAGGAAAGUGUCCAUUAGACUAUCUGAUUUAUUGAGGAUAAUAUACAUGUAUAUAAAUUUUAUUCAAUGAAGGAUUUUUUUCUUCGUUUGUAUUUUUGUACGUUUCAUUUGAAGAUAUGUAUCAAAUACUCAUUUUAUGUAAUGUUAACAAACAAGAAUUUAUAUCUUUCUAUGUAAGUUUGUAGUCAGUUUAUAUGCCAUCUAUUUUUAUAUGACUUCAGUUGUAUCAAAUACAUUAUUCACGAUUUAUUGUUUCCAAUAAAGAUACUCACUG